AUGGCCUCCCUCCCGGCCAGGACUUUCAAGCCAUGCAUCAUCACCCAGCCCACGCCCCGCAACGAGACCCUGCUCUCCAUGUGCCCCUCCCUGUCCGCGCCCUACUCCCUGCCCCUGCCCCUCUGCAAUGGGCACGUGGAGACCAUCUUCGCCGCCCUUUUCCGCCGCACCCCGGGCGUGGUCUAUGACCGGGAGUUGGUGCACAUGCCGGACGGGGGCCUGGUCGCUCUGGACGCGCGGGCGACCCCCGCGGGAGAGGACCCCCUGCCCCCCACCGCCCCCGUCCUCCUCCUGCUGCCGGGGCUGACAGGUGGGUCUGAGGAUUCCUACGUCCAGCACCAGGUUCACGGCGCCGCCGCGGCCGGCUUCCGGCCCCUGGUCAUGAACAUGCGGGGCACCAGCCACAUGCCCGUCACCACCCCCCGCUUCUUCUCGGCCGAGGACACGGGGGACAUCCGGAGGAUCGUGGCACACAUCCGGAACCUGUAUCCCCAGAGCAUGCUGCUGGCGGCAGGGUGGUCCAACGGGGGCAACAUCCUCACCCGCUACCUGGGAGAGGAGGGGGACGCCACGCCCAUCACUGCCGCCGCCGUGCUGUGCAACCCCUUCAACAUGGUCCGAUACCCACCAUCCACGCAGCCCAUGUGCCACGAGAACAUGAGCUCCGGCUUCAGCCUGCUGUACAACUGGAACCUGGGGAAGAGCCUGCGCCGCAUCUACCUGCGCCACGCCCCGUUGUUCGAGGCGGCGGCGGCGGCAGGGGAGGUCGCCUACAAGACGGACCAGGCGGCCAGCGCCUCCACCAUCUCUGCCUUUGACGACGCCAUCACCACCGUGACCUACGGCUACGCCAGCGUGGACGACUACUACGCGGCCGCCAGCAGCGACCGCGACGUGGGUGCCGUGUGCGUACCCACGCUCUUUGUGCAGGCGGAGGACGACCCCAUAGCGGUCCAGGGCGCCAUCCCGAGGGAGGGGCUGCUGGGCAACCCUAAUGCCAUCCUGGCCCUCACCCCCACAGGGGGGCACCUGGGGUGGUGCGGCGGCAAGGACGGCAUCUUCGGGGCCCCCUGGUCAAAUAGUGUGGUGCUGGAGUGGUUCUCCGCCAUCCAGAAAGUGGCGCCGCUGGAUUUUGGGAAGGACCAGGGCGGGGCCCUCCCAGAGGACACCACCUACUCGAUUGCCAGCGAGACCAUCCGCAAGGUGGUGGCCUGA